AACAGAGAGGAUUUGAUUUCAUUGACCGAUCGAAGCAGUCAGUUACCGGGAUCAAGAGGCGCAGUCGAUUCCUUCCCGAGUUCACGAUCGCGCGGUCUCGGAAAUUUAACAAACAUAGCGAAUGCAAUAAUUACGAUUUCGUUGUAUGUUAGCAGAAGUGUCCCUUGAUCUUUGAUUUUCGAAGUGGUCUUUGCGAAUAGUCGAAAGGAAAUGACGGCCUCGCCAAAAAUAUGCUAUUUCGCGGGGGUUCUCACAUUCUUCGGACAAUUUCUCGUCGGAUACACUGUUGACGUGUUGUCUUUGGAAGGAGUCGAAUGGAUAAAUUCCUUGCAAUCUACAUGGCAGGCAGAGUUCAAAUACCCACGCACAGCACCAGCACUUGUUCAAAAUUCAAUGAUUCCGGAGAGUGACGAUACCCAAGGAGAAAUUGCUGAACUUGAGUUCCCGAUCAACGGUCGCAAAGAGGAAGACCCCGGAUGGAUUUCGACGGUGCCGAAUAGAUUUGAUGCUCGCAACUACAAGCCGUGGAAGAGGUGCCGCAGAAUAAUAUCCUACGUGCCAGAUCAAGGACCCUCUGAAUUUGUUGGAUAUGCAUCUGCUGUUGCAGCAGCUGCUUCAGACAGGCUGUGUAUCCAUACAAGAGGACGGGUUCGACUUCCUCUCUCCGCCCAAAACAUCCUUGCUUGCUGCCACAACUGUGGAGCAUACGACAAUGUUUAUGGAGGAUCACAAUACAACUCGUGGGCGUUUCUCACUGUUGGCAUCCCUUCUGGUGGCGGAUUUUCACCAAGAAUAGGAUGUCAGCCUUAUGAGAUGCAGCCCUGUCAACAUUUUGAUAUUUCUGGUGAUCGAGAAAAAUGUUCUGUAGCUCGAAUCGAUAAAGCAAAAUGUCAAAAUCGGUGUACAAACUCAAAAUACACGAAAUCAUAUUCAGAGGAUCUGCGAAAGGUUCAAAGUUUUGAAUGGUUAUCCACGAAUGAGACUAAUAUUUUCCAAGAAAUCAUGACUUAUGGGCCUGUGACUGCCGGUUUUGAUUUUUAUGAAGAUUUUAUCAGCUACAAAAAAGGUGUUUACAAACAUAUAGGCGGGCGCUACAUUACGCACCAUAAAGUUAAAGUCAUUGGCUGGGGCAUUGAAAAAGGCGAACCUUACUGGCUCUGCAUAAAUUCUUGGAAUAAAGACUGGGGUCUUCAUGGACUCUUUAAAAUAAGUAGAAAUAAUGCAAAAGUUAAUUUUGAAUACUCCUUCUCUGCAGGCUGGUUUUAGUGUAAUAUUGGCUAUGGGAAAUUUAGGGGGAGAUUGCAACAUAUCUUUCACAUAAGAUUUACCGCAAACAUCAGAAAUCGAAAACUUAUGAAAAUUCAUGGUGGGAAUGAUUUUUGAGCUAUUGUAAAGAAGCUACCUCUAAGUCAGGAAUGAGUCUAGAUCUACAAGAGAGAACGAUUAGCUAAAGACUUGAUGACAUGA